CACCGGCUCCUCUAGUCCCCGAGUCAUCUGCUUCUUUUUCUCCUUUUUGGAUGGGAUAAAAUUUCCAAACUGAGAUCAGUAAAUUAGGGUUUAUAGAAUCUCGAUCUAGGGUUUUAGAAGUCGAUCCGAGCAUCGAGACGAUGCCGUCGGUGCUCGUCGCUGUGAUCCCCUCGGCGACCAAGUUUUACGGUGGAUGCUGUUCUCAUCGUCUGAAAAAGCUCGAGAAAUGGAAUCGUCACGGUAAUAUUUGUUGAUUUCAGGGGUUUGAUGAUGAAGAUACGGCUGUUUUAGGGUUUUUCUAUUUCCUUCUUUCUUCUCUUUGUUCUGCUUCUUCGAUCUGGGCUUGAUCUGAGAUUUUUGGAGUUAUAAUCUUGGUAUAGUUUGGAGGUUGGUGGAUCUGGACGUUCUCAGCAUUUGGAGUGUUAUCUGGAUAUUGAGCUUCAGUCCUUGCACUACCUGUAUUCCUCGAGACAUUGGCUAUGAAGCCAAACACAGAAUACAAGCAGUUGCCUACUUGCAACAUGAAGGACGCUGUUGAUGGUAUUUCUGAGAAUCAUGGUAUUUCUUCACCUGAUAGGAAACAUUGUGUUCUAGUUCCAGCUGAAGUCGAUAGUGGAGAGAGCGUGAAGUUGCAACUCUGCUCUGCACAGACUGGUGUUCCUGAUGAAUCUUCUGAUUGGAAUGAUACACUAAUUUCAAAUGAGAUCAACGUGUGCCAGGAAUUUAGUCAGUCCCUUUCCUUGGAUGCAAAAGUUAAACAUCUAGGCAAGUCCAAAACUUUUCCUCUGACAAGAGAGAUGGAUGCCUCUUUUUCAUCUAUGAAGGGGAAAGCAGAUACACUGAGCUCAAUGGAAGGACAAGAUCAUGCUGCAACCGGGACUUCUACCUACUCACGCUCGAUAUCUCUCCCUUCAUCUUCGACUCUUGUUUCUGCUAUGAAAGGUGGUCGGGCAUCAAAUGGGACGAUGGUGAAGUCAGAAUUGCGUGUAAAAUGGGCUCCAGAGGUCUAUGAUCCACCUUCUACUUCCAUGUCACACACUGUGAAUCGUCAUCAGCAACGCCCUAAGGCAAAGAAAAAGGACAAAAAACACAAACACAAGGGCAAAUCAUCACGUGUGAAUGUGGGUCAAAAGAAACAUGGUAAUCGUAAAAUUUUUAGCAAUGGGCCUGAUCCUCAAAAUGCCAGAUUGCAAACAAGUGGGGACAUUCUGGUCCUUGACGAUUUUGACAAGUCAAAUAUGGUCGACAUUUUUGGGUACAACAUUAGUGACCAGGAAGCGAAAUGUGGAAGCAGCUUCUUGAGGGAGGCAAUACCUAAGGUGCAUCUGUCAAUUGGCGAGGCUUCCUGAUGGGAGCAAGUAUUUUGCGCGAACUGAUGAUUGUACAUAAAUAAUAGCAAGUGGUAGUUGCCAGUCGCGUCGCGGUUGAGAACUUCUUCCUAUUCGGGGGUUAUGAAUGAAUAAUGUGCCUUUGUUUUCUAAAAGCUCGAUAGCCCAAUUUACUGGUUUCUUGUAUAGAGUUUUCAGUUAUUUGGAAGAAUUGGUUUUGGAUGAUUGUAUGAUCUUAACUUGUAAUGAUCAUCGUAUCGUAUUGCAGUUCAUGGUAUCGUAUUCCAGCUCAUGGCGGAAGAAUGGAAACAGCUGUGUGUUGAAUUUGUGCCUUAUUGUAACUUGCGCCUUGUUAUAUUAAGUAUGAGAUUAUGUUUCA